UUGAAGAGACUUUAUACACAAAACACACAUUGAAACAUUUCGGAGUGUUUACUUUCAAAAUCUCGACGAUAUGGACAUGAUUUCGCUUUGUAGGAAGCGUGUCAAUUUGGAUUCACCAGAGACUAAGCGGAGAAGCCCACGAAUAGCUCAAAAAACUGUCACGACUGCUAAGAAAACUGUCGAUGUACCGUCCAAUGGCGACAAAUGUUUUUCAAAUAUUGACCGCUCAGCGCCGGCAAUCUCACAAAGUCCAAAUAACGGAAUUGUCCUGAGAAUAUUGGCGAAACCGGGCGAAAAGGAAAGCAGAAUAACAGACAUUACAGAAUAUAGUAUUGGACUUCAAAUUGGUGCUCCUGCCAGGGAGAUAGAGGCAAAUGCUGAACUGGUCAAUUAUCUUGCGAGGGUAUUGCAAGUGAGAAAAACGAACAUUAUCGUUGAAAAAGGUUUGAGAUCUCAGAUUAAGUCAGUGUUGGUAAAUAAAAAUGGCAUGACUGUUGAUAGAGUGAGAGCUUUGAUAGAGAAAGAAAUGAGAAAAGGUGCAGAAUCAUUUGAUCUAAACAUUUAACAUCAGUUGUAUAAAGAAUAAUGUACAUACAACUUACUGAAUUUCCCACUUCCAUAUUA